UCUAUGAUGCUGAGCUCUAUGCAAUCAAAAAAAGCUCUAAAAAUGGCUUAUAAAAAGCUUCAGAUUCAGACUCUAGAUCUGUGGAUCUUCUCUGAUAGUCAGGCUGCCCUAAAGGCUCUAGAAAAGGGAGACCCUAAGGCUAGUCAAGCUCUAUAUAGAGAUAUCUAUCUUUGGGCUCAAAAAAUUAGGGAAAAAGGGGUUCAAAUCUACCUAGAUUGGGUCCCUGGUCAUAUGGGCAUAUAUGGGAAUGCUAAAGCUGAUGAAUGUGCUAAAUAUGGAGCUGAUUGGUCAGAAAAAGACCCUAAGACCUUUCUAUCUCUUAGCUUCUUAAAAAGGAAGCUAAAAGCAAAGGCUUUAGAAGAAUGGCAAGAUAUAUGGGGUAAUGCUAGGACUAGUGACCACUAUAAGCAAUUUAAAAUGCAGCCUAAGUGGAAACCUAGCCCAUUAAAGCUGACUAAGCAACUAUGGUCAUCUAUUAUCCAGCUAAAACUGGGUCAUGGGUAUUUCAGGUCAUAA